AUGGAGCAGCCAAAGGAAGGGACAGGCCAGGAGAGAAACAACGGCUCAUCCCUGUCGCCACCAGGCCCCGAGCCAGGGCCCCCCGCGUCUUUCCCAGGCCUACCGCCCUCUCUCCUGGACACCCCGAAUCCUGCCCACCUGGGACUCCCCGAAAGCCUGGCCUCAGUCACGGUGCCCAUCCGCCUGGACGCUCUGUCUUCGCUCCUGCACAGCGCGCUACUGGGCGCCUACUCCAUGCCCGCCUGCCCCUGUGCGCCCUCCUGCUGCCCUCCGCAACCAGGCCCUGCAGGCAGGGCUGCCCCCCAAGCUCGGGGCAGCCCUGGGACCCCACGAUCGGCCCUUGGUCCAGAGUGUCCAGACACCCCCACCCUGUUUCCCAACCCCCUGCUGCUGGUCACAGGGCCAUUGUGCGGGGCUUAA